AUGGUUGCAAAUAAAUUGUUUGCGUUAUUAUUGUUGGAAGAGGAAGAACAAGAGGAACUGGCAAUUGCAACCGUCAAAGUUUCCAAUAAGCCAGUGAAUGAGUUGUUUUUCUGUCGCGAUGCAGAAGAGCAUUCAAAUUCUUAUAUUUUAGUCAUGUACUUAGUCAUUCAAUUUUCCGAUGAAUGCGGGGGUGGCCUAGCAUUAAUUCAUCGUAAAUGGUUGACACCACGUAAAAGAAGAGUUUAUUGGCCGCCCUACAAGGAAUUAAAUACUUUUAACAAAUCGCUUAAAAAUGGAGAGGAAGUAAAUGAGUCUUGGAGUCUGUAUGGUGUUAAGCGAAUUUUUUAUGAAACUGAUGAUUUGGAAAAGGGGAGAAGAAAAUUAAAACAGGCAGAAAAUUCAAGUGACCUAAAUUCAGAAUUUGAUGAGGAAGCACCCAGAAAGAGUGCGAGCAAAAAAAAAAUUUUGUAGUAGCAGCGAGGAUGAGAGUAAUGAAGAAAGUGCAUUGGAAAGGCCUCCAAAAAUUUUAAAGAAAAAUAUAUUAAAGAAAUGUAACGGUAAUAAAAUUUUAUGUUUUACAUACCUUUAGUAAUUACUGCAAUCACAUACAUUUUGAAUUUUAACUGAUACAUUAAAAAAUGCUUUUUGUUAAGUAUGGAUAUGUUUUUUGGGGA